CACUUUGAAUGUUAGUUGAUUAAAAAUCUUCACCUGCCUGUUUGGUCAACUGUGUCGCAAGGAGAUGCUAGCAAAACCUACCAAACUUUCAAUAUUAAAAUUCCUGUCCCAAUAGAAGAAAAUUUCAAUGUUAAAAUGCCUGUCCCAAUAGAAGAAAUUUAUCAUUGAGAGAAUCCAUCAAUAUUUAUGUGGUCCUAUGCAUAAAUGCUUCUCUGUCCAUUCAUUAGAAGAGAAUAAUUUAACUUCAUCCACUUUGAAUGUUAGUUGAUUAUAAAUCUUCGCCUGCCUGUUUGGUGAACUGUGUCGCAAGGAGAUGCUAGCAAAACCUACCAAACUUUCAAUACUAAAAUGCAUUUCCCAAUAGAAGAAAUUAAUCCUUGAGAGAAUCCAUCAAUAUCGAAGUGCUCCUAUGCAUAAAUGCUUCUGUGUCCAUAAGUUUCGGAAGAGCCUUUACCUCAGACAUUUGUCUAACCAAAAUGUCGAUUUUCAGACGUUCUGACACAUCCCAGCCUCACAUUGCUCUCUUUCCAAGUGCCGGAAUGGGUCAUCUGGUCCCUUUCCUCCGCCUUGCUUCUAUGCUAUUGUCCCAUAACUGUAGGGUAACUCUUAUCACUACCAAAUGUACUGUAUCAGUAGCCGAAUCCACGCAUAUUUCGUUCUUUCUUUCAACACAUCCAGAAAUCAAGCAUAUUGAAUUCCAAGUCCCUCCGAUGCAACCUUCCAAUACUGCUACCGAUGAUCCUUUUUUCAUCCAAUUCGAAGCUACUAGCCGUUCUGCCCAUCUUAUUCAUCCUUCUAUAGCUUCUUCAUCUCCACCUCUCUCUGCCAUCUUUUCUGAUCUCGUAGUAGCAUCUGGUGUCAACAAAGUUGCUGUUGGUCUUGGAAUUCCUAAUUACGUUGUAUCCACCACUUCUGUCAACUUUCUUUCUCUUAUGGCAUAUCUGCCAAUCCUGACAUCUGAUGCUGCUAAACUGACUGGUUCCACUGAGAUUGAGAUCCCAGGCCUAACCCCACUGCCUAUAUCAAGCAUUCCACCUCCAUUCUUCAACCCUGAUCAUCCUUUUACGGGUAGUAUUCUAUCAAAUGCCAGAGCUCUCCCUUAUUGCAAAGGAAUUCUAAUGAAUACCUUUGAUUGCUUUGAGCCUGAAACUCUUUCAGCAAUCAACAAUAAGAGAGCUUUAAGCAAUCUCCCACCAAUUCUCCCAAUCGGACCAUUAGAAAUUUGUGAGCUCAAGAAGGAUGAGGGUCGGUAUCUACCUUGGCUAAACAACCAACCAGCAGAAUCUGUUGUGUUUGUUAUCUUCGGAAGCAGAACAGCCAUGUCAAAAGAUCAAAUAAAGGAAUUGAGAGAUGGACUGGAAAAAAGUGAGUAUCGAUUCCUUUGGGUGCUCAAGACAAAAAAAGUAGACAAAGAUGAUAAAGAAGAUUUAGAAGACUUAAUAGGCUGUUCAUUUCUACAAAGAACAAAGAACAGGGGGAUGGUUUUAAAGGAGUGGGUGAACCAGCAAGAUAUUCUUGCACAUCCUGCCAUUGGAGGCUUCGUAAAUCAUUGUGGGUGGAACUCAGUGAUGGAAGCAGCUCAGAGAGGGAUUCCAGUGCUGGCAUGGCCUCAACAUGGGGACCAAAGAGCGAAUGCGGAGGUUUUGGAGAAGGCCGGGCUUGGAAUAUGGGAUAGGACGUGGGGCUGGUGUGGUCAGAGGUUGGUUAAACAAGAUGAGAUUCAGAAAAAGAUCAGCGAGCUGAUGACAGAUGAGAAGCUGAAGAGUAGAGCCAAAAAGGUAGGAGAAGAAGCUAGGAAAGCCACUGGAAAUGGUGGGAGUUCCAAAAAGACAAUCACUGAAACCAUUGAAUCGUUAAAGCAAAACAAGAGAAGCUGAGUCUUUUUUUUUUUUUUUCAAUUUCUUCUCAAACUUCCUGAUUGUUUUAGGUUCUCUCAAAAGAGAAACAAAAUUUAGAAUGGAUGUUGUUGAAGCAGGAAUU